AUUACAUAUUACGGUCCACAUUCAUACUAAUCUACUCCAAUUUCCAUCGAAAACCUUGAAUUUUGUAUUUCCAGCCUCAAUUGAAGAUACUUUUCGAGGGAAGAAAUUGAAGGGUUCUGUCGCCGAUUCGAAGAAAUUGAAGAUUUUUGGGGUUGGGUUGAACCCAGUGAACCCACCUUGAUUACGCCAUUGAUUGAGUCCAAUUGUAGAAAUGUCAGUACCCAAUGAAGAUAAUUCAUCUUCAUCCCACUCUCAGCUUUCAUUACAAUUAUUUGGUGAUCUGUUGGAUUCAGUCAUUGUUGAUACUGCAUCAGAGUGUCACAGGAUAGCAAAGCUUGGUCUUGAUCGUAAUUUGGAAGAAGAGGAAGAAGAACUGAAGUUGUCCAUACAGGCGAGGGCAAAAAUUGCUGAUUCAAGUAAUAGUGGCGAAGCAAAUGGCAAGCACAUAGUAGACAUAUUUGGACAAACUCAUCCCACUGUAGCAAAUGACGUUUUUGACUGCAUGAAUUGCCGGAGGUCAAUUUCAGCUGGAAGAUUUGCCCCACAUUUGGAGAAAUGCAUGGGAAAGGGUAGAAAGGCCCGUCUUAAAGUAACUAGAAGUAGCACAGCAGCACAGAAUCGGUACUCCCGGAGCAGCCCUGUUUCCACAUAUUCCCCGUAUUCAAAUUCUGUAGCCAUGAACCGGUUAUCAAAUGGAUCACCUGGUGUUUCAGGUGAUGAGAACCUCAAUGGCGCGGCAGAAGACUCUUGAGAAGUAAUCAAGAGCAAGAUGGAUAUGGCAGAUCAAGGUUAAGGGACAUCCAUUGAAACUUGGCUUGCGUAAAUGCAUUAGAUGCGAUACACCACAGUCUACUGUUCGUAGUUCAUAUUCUGAUCUUUUCUCCCCAACAAGCAAGUAGCCGCGGGUUUUCUUUCCCUCUCCUGCUUCUCGAAUAUUAGCGUAAUUGCACGGGUGAAUCGCACCAACUCCUGAGUCGGAUGUAAGAUGAGUUGCGACCAAUAUAAUUCAGAAUUCUCUCACACCAGUUGGAUGGAUUACCAUAUGCAUUAUUCUUAAUAUACGUGGGAGGAUUCUCGUUAGCAGUA